AAGAAAGUGAAAAAAGGUACAUCUGCGGAGAUGACUGAGGCUAUCACUACAUUGUAUAGGCAAAGUGGUUCGCCUGUAUCUCUAAAAAUUGCUGAGGAGGCCCUUGAUGAUAUGAUCUCAUGGCUAGCCACCGAUCAAGGUGACAUUGGUGUUUUCGAUGCGACGAACACUACGCGUGAGCGUCGCCUGUGGAUAAUGGAGAAGUGUAAGGCCCGACAUUUGGAUGUUCUUUUUGUCGAGUCCAUUUGCAACGACCCGAAAGUUAUCGAAGAAAAUGUCCUGGAAGUCAAAGUCAACAGCCCAGAUUACGUAGGGAUGGACAAGGACGAAGCACUGAUGGACUUCAUGAAGCGCAUGCAGCACUACGGAGCGCAAUAUGUACCGAUUGAUGACGAUCUGGAUAAAGAUUGGUCUUACAUUAAGAUAUUCAACCAGGGUCAACGUUAUUUGUUUUUUGAAACCACUUGUUUCCGAUUGAUAUAUUUGCUUAUUCGAAAUACGAUUUUUCCAUUUACCGUUUUCACUUGUGAUGAUAACAAAUUUAUAGAAUCUUCAAAUUUCACUGUGAUUUUCUUUCACAGUUAUAAACUUGUCAAAGUUCCAAAACUUGAGCAUGUAGUUCGCAAUCAAAUCAAGCGUUUUAAGUUACUCUCAUCGUCUUGCUUUUCUCCUGUUCUGCUCAUACAAAUGUUAACUUCGCACGUUUUUCUGGGGUUUCUGGUUUUUUAUUACACACAUUUGUGUGAUGCACAGCAGACGAAGUGGAAGAACAAAGUCGUGAAGGCCUGCUUUUCAGUAAUAGAAACCAGCAACAUAAGCUCCGGGACUUGGAGUGGUGGAUCACACAGAGCCCCGCUAGGCGUGUUUUUGAACUGGACGACAGCAUAG